GCUUUUCGCAGGAACACAGCAGUCACUCAUCUUGGCACCGGCACUUCUGGGGAAGGUAUAAAUGCCACCUCCCGCUGGCCGAGCUUCACAGCACUCGCAGGAGCUGGUGUUACUGGUCAUUCCUGCACGGGACAGUCCACCAUGGCCUCAGACCACCAGACCCAGGCGGGCAAGCCACAGUCCCUCAACCCCAAGAUCAUCAUCUUUGAGCAGGAAAACUUUCAAGGCCACUCGCAUGAGCUCAAUGGGCCCUGCCCCAACCUGAAGGAGACUGGCGUGGAGAAGGCAGGCUCUGUCCUAGUGCAGGCUGGACCCUGGGUGGGCUAUGAACAGGCCAACUGCAAGGGUGAGCAGUUUGUGUUUGAGAAGGGCGAGUACCCCCGCUGGGACUCAUGGACCAGCAGCCGGAGGACGGACUCCCUCAGCUCCCUGAGGCCCAUCAAAGUGGACAGCCAAGAACACAAGAUUAACUCACGAAACCCCAACUUCACCGGGAAGAAGAUGGUAGACGACGCACCCAGCCUCCACGCCCAUGGCUACCAGGAGAAGGUGUCAUCUGUGCGGGCAGAGGAAUGUAAGUGGGUUGGCUACCAGUACCCUGGCUACUGCGGGCUGCAGUACUCCGCUGGAGAAGGAGACUACAAGGACAGCAGCGAGACUUUGGGGCCCCUCACCCCAGGUGUCUGUGCGCGCAUCCGCGACAUGCAGUGGCACCAACGUGCUACAGCAACGGGAAUUGGUUUCUAUCAAGGUAAUAUCCAGGUGUUGGUAAAGCACCUCCAAGUGAUGAAGCAGCUGGCUGGGGAUGUGGAUGGGAAGGAGCUCGCAGGCUGCCCCAAGUUCUCCCAGCACGAAGCUGAAACCAAGACCCUUCUGCCCUAUUAUAAUAUUAUGCUUCCUACCUUCCUCUUGUGA